GUGAGUUUCAGUGGUCUUUUUUUUUUUUGGUUUUUUUUUCAGGAACAAGGAGAAAAUCCAAAUCGUACGAUUGGCGAUAAAAAUUUGCUGCGUAAAAGUCAAAUUUUUCUGCUCACAAUCAUAUUCCUCGUAGCGAGUGAUCCUUGUUUAAAAUGAUCAUGCUAGUGAUGUAUUAUGUAGUGUCUUCAUUAUUACUAUAUCCAACUGACGGGCGACGUCUUACCCUCUUAAUGCAGAGAAGCUGUGAUACAUAUUAGGCUCAAUCGACGGUUUGAUACGCCAAAAAUCACGCUUCUAAAAUAAAAGCCCGCCGAUAGGGCGCAUUUUUUUGAUGUUUCGUUGUACAAGUGCCCUUUUUGAUUGAUUCAUCCCUUUUUUUUAACUUUCUUCCAGUUUUUCCUGUUGAUUAUCUUUAUUUUGAACAUAGCAACAGAAAUUGAUUACAAUGUCCACUACAUCGCAAGUAGAAGAUCGGUUCAACACCAAUGAUUCCAUGCGCACAACAAUCUAUUCGGGCGCUGAUGAUAUUAAAAGAGCCGUUUCUACAACAGGCACGCCCAACACUACUAUAUUCGACCCAUUAGGCAAUAGCAGCGCCCACGCUGGAAACAAGCGGUUCGACAGAGAUAACACUGAAGAUAACACUAUAGAAUUGAGAAGGAAGCAAUCAAAGAUUGAGGUGGAUGAAGCAACAGCCGCUGUUGGUAGUCGAACAAAUACAAGAAGCUCUACAGCAACCUCUUCACUAGCAAGUUAUGAAAAUAACGAUCCAUCUCCCUCAAUCAACAGCAAUCCUUCUGUUCAGUCAACAGUAUCAACCGCAGAUUCUGCACUUGUUCUAGAUGACCAAUGGCAGUUAGAAUUACCUGAUUGGCUAGCCCAUCCAAAUGCUUGGGCAUUUUUACAAUCGCUGAAUUCACAAUAUGAAUCGAUGUACUUGGAAAAGAAGGACUCUGACACCAGUGGUCGUGCUGGCUACAUGCUUGGUCGCCGUUCUGAUUGUGAUAUGAGGUUCGAUCAUGACAUGAUCAGCAAGAUUCACUGUUUAUUAUAUAUGGAAACUGGCUCCAACGGCCAAACUAAAGGGAUUAGAAUUUUUCUGGAAGACAAAAGCACAAAUGGAACCUAUGUAAAUGGUGACCGCGUUUAUGGUAGGCGAAUUUUAAAAAAUAAAGACGAAAUUCAGUUAGUUCUUCCCAAGCCCUACUUGAAAGACGAUCAUCGCUUCAAAUUUUUCCGCGUGCUAUUCCCGCCUACUUUUGGUGCAAAUCUUUGUGAACAGGAGUACAAGUUUGAUAGAGUACUUGGCAAAGGCAAUUUUGCUACUGUUUUUCAUGCAUUCAAUAGAAAGACGCAUCAAGAAGUUGCCAUUAAGGUUCUCCAUAAAAAUCGAUUCUCAAAGAAAAGCAAACUGGCAGAAUCAUUAGUGAGCGAAGUCAGUAUUUCAAUGCAACUGAUAAGACACCCAUUAAUAGCAUCUAUUCAUAAAACAUUCAAUGAAGUGUCAAAGAUUUAUUUAAUACUUGAUUACGUUCAUGGUGGAGAGCUAUUCCAUUACAUUGUAAAGAAUAAAAAGCUUAGUGAAAACACAACGCGCUUCAUAUUCUGGCAGUUGUUUACUGCGAUUAAGUAUUUGCAUGAUAAUCAAAUUGCGCACCGUGAUCUCAAACCAGAAAAUGUACUCAUAGCGAACAAGGAUACUUUGCAGAUCAAGGUUACUGAUUUUGGCUUGGCCAAAAUUGAGAGUAGGAAUGAGGGUUUUGAAAGUCAAUGUGGUACACCUAAUUAUGUUGCUCCCGAAAUUCUUGACCCCUCAGUUACACGUGCUUAUAACAAGCAGUGCGAUAUGUGGAGCCUUGGUGUUAUGCUAUAUAUCUGCUUAUGUGGCUUUCCACCAUUCUCAGAGGAUCACGCACCACCAUCCAUGAAACAACAAAUUCGCACAGCACAUUACUCUUUUCCCUCGCCGUUUUUCGAUAACAUUUCGGCGGAAGCCAAGAAUCUUAUUCAAAAUUUACUUGUUGUUGAUCCUAAUCAACGCUAUACUGUUGAUGAAGCGCUAGCAAGCGAUUGGUUGUUAAUGGAGUCUGAGGAUAUGGAGAGACGGAAAAAUCAGCUCGGUGUUGAGACUCUCAACCAAAUUGAGAAAUUCCGCGAAUCGUUUACACCUAUUUCUGUUACUCAAGCCUAUAGUCAGCUACCAAGUCAACAAUAUUAACAUCACUGUGAAUGCUUUCACUGCUGAGCACUCGAAAAGCAAUCUUAUGAACAAUAAAACUUUUUAUAUCUACGAUAAGUUAAGCUGAAAAGCGUCCUUUCUUUUUGAUGAGCUAAUGUGUGCUAUGAUGAACUACCCAUAAACAUAAAGUAGAGUGAGCGCUUUUUUAUGUAUAUAGUCCGCACACAAACCUCGAAACUGACUUGAAAUGAUCUAAAUACGAAUAUUUAAAGCAUGUCAUACGGCUUCCUCAAAGGCAUUUUCAUACUUUUGAUAAAUCUUCUAAAGAUCUUGUAAAAGGUCAUUCAAACAAAAUAACAUAUAACAUCUAC